UAGAUUGCCAAUGGUGAAACAUGAGACAUAAAGUAAUGAAGACCCUGCCCGUGAGAGCUUACUAGAGUCAGGUGAAGGAGAGAGAAUUGACAGCAUAGGAAAGGAAUGAGUUAAACAUCUUGUGAGGGGUGGACCUAGCUGGAAGGAAAGUACAGCCCUUUGGGAAAAGGGAGGGUUAGUAUAUAUAGGGAAGGAUAGACAUUUUGUCUCUCUCUUGUUGGUGAAAUUGCCUUUGAGUGGGUGAGUGCUGCGUAGCAGAGCUCCCCAUUGUUUAUUGUUGAGAUUCCAAUUUUAAAGAAAAAACGGCAAGCUCUCCCCUGCAUUCCUCACUACAUUCCUGCUAUGUCGUCCUGGGUUUGAAUACUUUGACACCGGAGUUUGUUUUUAACAGACCAGGCGGCGGGGUAGGCCGGAGGUCCGGUCAGGCCGCCCGGAGGUGGAAGGGCGGCUGCCCUCGCCUCCGAGCGCGGCGGACGAAGCAGCGGUGUCAGGCGCCCGCGGGCGCGCGCAUGCGCGCCGCGGUGGGCGCCUGUCGGUGGAGCCACACUCGGUUCCUUUUAAUUCCCCCUCGCUGAGGCCGAAUGGAGGUGCCAGGCGGGGGGGGACAGGCAGGAGACGGCGGUUAGCCGAGCGAGGCCCGUCGCGGGGCCUCGCUCGGCAGUUGAAUGAAGGAGAUGCGGCCGGGAGCUUGCUGGCGGGGAGCAGUGGGACGCGCGCACGAGGUGCGCGCGCGCUCACGCUCGCCUCCGGCGCCGCCGUUCGCGCACGUGUGCGCGCAGCGGCGCCGCCAGCCUCCAUGUCUCCCCAGAUUACUCCCCUGCAGCCGGAGUCCUGCGGGGGGGGGGGGGAGAAGAGGCAGUACAUGUAGGGGUGGCAGCAGGGCCGCUCAGGAGGGGUUUAGCGGCGCUGAGAGACGGGGCGCGCGCACGAGGUGCGCGCGAGCCCGUGCUCACUGCAGGCGGCGCCGUUCUCGCGCGUGUGCCGCAUGUCUCUUGGUCUCCCCAGCGCACUCCCCUGGAGCCUACUAGUAGUUAUUGUGGUGUAGUGGUAAAGUCACUGCACAUCUUAGAAGCUGCACGGGGUUCAAAUCCAAGCAUCUGAGUGUCAUUUAAGAAAGGAGUCCGGAGGGGGGCGGGCGGGGAGGAGAGGCGUGGACUGGUUCGCAGUUAUGGUCAUAGAAGGCAGCAGAGCUGCACACGCCAUCAUUAGCUCUCGCCACGGGGCCCACUCAGCGGCCGGAGUUAGCUCCGGCCUGCGGGGGGUGGGUGCCCGCGGGAGGGUGGAGAGUGACGGCGGCGCUGGCUCUGACGGGCGGGCACAGGAGGAGAGCCAGGAUUGGUGGGGGCCGGGCCACUGGAGGUCAGAGGCGCUGCCGGUUCCCCACCUGGCCGAUCUGGACGCAUCGGGGCCCCGGGUGGCGCCUGUUGGGCGUCGGGCCGUCCGGCGCGCGCCGACGCUGGCUCGGGAGCCCGCAGGGGACAACGCCGUGUGUAGGGGGGGGUUAAGACCCUUCUGGAACACUGGCGUUGGCCCUGGCCACGGUGGUGGCAGCGUUGGGGCCGCUGGCCAAGGCCGCGCCCCGGGAGUAGCAAACAGUUCCGGCGCGCCUGCAGCGGUUGGCGGGUCCGGUACGCAGGCGGUGUCGGCAGCGCAGCGGGUUGCUCGCGCCUGCAGGGAGCUCGGAGCGGCCGCGGCGCAGCUAGAUCAUCGUUCGGGGCGGGACGAGCAGGGGCGUGUGGCGGCGACACCUGCCCCCCCCGGGGUGCUAGGCAUUCACAGCGACUGCUGGCUGGGUCCUCUGCUCUGUUUUCUUCUGCAGGAGCGCGGGGACGGGGGGACGUCGGAGUCCAAGGAUGAGGAGGUCGGAUUUGCCCCGCCGGAGGAUUUCGUGUCGGAGAAGUCGACGGCAUCAGGUGAGGUGGUACAGUCGGUAUCGGGCUCCUCCACGCGCUCUAGUUCUCGCAGCUCUUCCUCUUCCUCCUCUUCCUCUUCUCUGUCGCCACAGGCGUCCGAAGUCAGUAGUACUACUAGGGCGAUGAAGGGGGCGACUAAAUUCGCCAAGAGGGCGGCGGGUCAGCAGGAACGGCGGAAGGGGCGCAAACGGCUUAGCGAGGACUCUCGCUGGGCCAAGAAGCGCCGCGAUUUGCCCGGGGUUGUUCCGCUGCGAUUACACUGCAGUAAUGCGGGGGCUGAGGGACAGCUGCCGUAGGAAGAUUGUGUUCGUCUGUACAAAGGAAGCGAAGAAGGAGUAUAGGUCGGCGGCUGCAAAGAAGGGCAUCGGGGCCGAGGCCUUCCGUACCUUCGACAACUGGCUGGACGGUUUUUGGGUCUUCGCGGCGUGCUAACUGGAAGAUAGGCCGGACGAGCACAGGAACGUGAUUCGGUACAUGCUUCUAAUACAUGACUUGCAGCGCACAUCUUCGGGAUCGGAGUGGCGUAGGUAGAAGCAGGAUGGUUAGCGGGUCAUGGACUUUGGGUUCAAGGGCGUCUAGGUCUGGCUCAAAGUCACUCGGGCUUCGCAGCAGACGGCGGAGCCCCGGAAGCCGGGAGCGGGCGGGCACCACCGCGCAGGGUCGUCCGCCCAGGGGUAAGGCGCGGACGGCGGAUCGGCCAAAUCCAGCCUCCUCCUGCUUCAAAGGCAGUCGUCAAGGUACCCGGGGUAAGCAAACUUAUCCUAGGCAGGCUGCGGGCGGGAGCGCUCCACAGAGCUCCAACGCCAAUUGCUUUAGAAACGAUGGGCAAGGGGUUAAAUUGGUAUCCAAAUAGGGCGGAUGCAAAAUUUCUGUUUUCCGGUUUUAGUUUUGUUUUCGCGUGCCUGUUGCGAGCGAGGUGUCGGUUCGGGCCCAGUGGAUACGGAGGUCACUGCCGUUACAUCCGGACUCAUUCCGUUUUAUGGGGUUUCGGAGCGGAGUAUUUCAUCGGCAACGGUUUGCCGAGGGGAUGUUCCGUUUCAUGCUCGUUUUUCGAACGGUUUAGCACGUUUCUACACUGGUUCGUGGAGUCUUCGCCAAGGGGUCAUGGGGUCGCCCAUUACCUCAAUGACUUCCUGUGUGCGGGGCGGCACAUUCAGCACGGUGCGGCAACUUGCUGGUCAGCAUCCGAGCCCUGUUUUUUCCACUUCGGCGUUUCAGUGGACGAGGAGGAAACUGAGGGACCGUCCUCCUGUUUGUCCUUUUGGGGAUCGAUUUCGACACAGCGGCAGGAUCGGGUCGGCUGCAUCGGGACAAGGUGGUGCAGCUCCGCGAAGCUAUUGGACGGUUCGAAGGGUCGCGUAAGAUCACACUGCCGGAAGCUGGAAAGGGCGACUGCGGGGUGUGCCAGACCACAUCAUUUCGUGCGAUGAUCCUCCGAGAUUAAAGGGGAUGGAGCAAUAGGGGCCUCAUUCCUGGAGGAUCUCAACGGGGUGUGUAUAUGGCAGGCUCCAACGGUGGUCAGCACUAGAUUGCAGUUGUUCACCGAUGCGGCUGGGGCCUCGGGAUACGGAUGUUAUCGGGAGGGAUCUUGGUGCGCGGCUUCGUGGACGGCAUUGCGAAGACGUAACCAGGGACCUUUUGCUUCUGGAGUUUUUUCCCCAUUAUGGGGGCGCUGGAGGUUUGGGGCGAACGGCUGGCUCCUCGCAGCAUCUUGUUUAGAUGUGACAAUCUGGGCGUUGGCGCAUGCGAUAAAUAACAAGGGGGCGAAGUCGCUGUCAUUCUGCGGGUGCUGGGACGUUUGCUGUAGCCAUGCCUACGUCGGAACGUGUGGUUCCGCGCGCAACAGGUGCCGGGGCUGGAGAACGGAAUUGCCGACGCUCUAUCACGAGGGCAGUGGGAAAGUGUUUGUUUGUUGGCACCGGAGGCCGACGAACAUGGUGUUCAGUUUCCCCGUUUAUGUCGGGAGGUAUCAGGACGGAUUGGAGGGUCUUGAGUUGCGGUCAGUCGCGCCAGCCACGCUUAAGCCGUAAGCUUGGAGCGAGUAGGAGGAGUUUGUUUAAGGACGAAUUCAGCAAGGUAAGAGCGGGCAACGGAGGAUGCUUUCUUUUAUUUGGCAGCUUUAUGUUUCGGGUAGAUCCAGAGCGGUGGUCUCCCGGUACUUAGCCAGGAUUUCGUUUUCAGCAGAAUAAAGGGCGUCCCCGACGUGGCUAAGAGCGGGAUUCUGUUGAAGGCGAUGAAAGGGUGGGCGCGAGUCGCGCCGACGCCGCCUGACAGGAGGAGGCCCAUUGAGGCGGCCUUGUUGCUGGAUGUCAUCAGGGCGGUUAGAGGUGUCGCGUCGUCCAUGUUUUGAUUGCGGUUGCUCUUCAAUUUGGCGUGCUCCAUGGCUUACCACGGGGCUUUUAGGGUUUCGGAACUGGUAGCGCCUUCUAAGCGAGCAGAUUCGCGCAUGCUGGUCGGGGACGUGGUGGUGGGUGAGAAGUCCUUGCUUGCAGAUUGCGGCGCUCUAAGACGGACCAAGUGGGGAGAGGUCAAUGGGUCACCUUGGUUCCGGCUCUUGAGGAGAGCAUUUGCCCAGUGAGGUUGGCAGUGCAAUAUGAGGCAGUACGGCCCGACGGUCGGGGGUCAUCGCCGCUGCACUAUGACGGGCUGCCGGUGACGAAGUAUCUAUUUUAUGGGAUGCUGGGUCGCUGUCUUGCGAGCUUGGGCCUUCCACCCGCUGCGUUCGGGACGCAUUCCUUCCGCAUAGGGGCUGCGACGUCGGCUGCGGCGACGGGAUUUUACAUGGCUGAGAUCCAGGCGGUGGGGCGAUGGAAGUCGUCAAGUUACAGACGGUAUAUGCGCCCCGUUGCAUGAGAUGUUAGCUCGCGCGUACUUGUGUGUCAAUUCCAGUCGUUUAAUCAUGUUGUUACAGUUCAGUACGUUAUGGUGUGGUGCGUUUGUUUGUCUCCCCUUUUUAUCCUACUCAGGGAUUAGCUACUCGCCGUUGCUGGCAUGAGCCGGCAGCGGGGGUCUGGAGUUAUUUUGCAAUUUUUUUGCCUGACUUGACGGACUGAAUUCUAAUCCACAAUUCGGCUAAUCUGUUUUAAUCAGAGUCCCUCAGCAGGUCUUUAUGCUUUCACCUCCAGCUGAGUUAUUACAUGUGUUACCCCUUCCCCCCCCCCCCCCCCCCCCCCCCAUUUUUGGUUAUUUUCAUCUUUCCCAUUUGUGUGUUCAUGUUAGGCUUCAAAUUGGCUGAUUGCUCGUGCACAUCGGCUAGGCCGAGACUGCUGCAAUAUACGACAGCAAAAUGUUUCUUUUUGGCAGAUCCUUCAGGUUAAUGCAGUAAAUUAAACAAUGGUAUAGAUGAUUAGUAACCACUUUUACCCCUUUUCCUCCUCUUCAGGUUUGUUGGAAGAUGACUUGCCUAUUUUGGUGGUUGGCCUCUCUUAUGUGUAUUGGGCCGCCCAGUUUUGGCCGCGCAGGGGGCGCAGAUGUUUCCUAGGGCUCGAGAAGUUCGUUGGCUUGGUUGGUAAGGGAUGAUGUGGACGGAGUGGAGAAGUAGACUAGUGAGUCAGGCCAGCAAGCAUGUUAGCCCUAGGGUGUUGGUUGUCCAUUUAGGUGGCAACGACCUGGGGAAGAGGACUUCUUUGGAGAUGCGGUGGGCCAUGAUACAGGAUCUGGCAAGUUUGGCCGCAGCAGUGGACCAAUUGUAUAUUGGUGUUCUCCUUGAUGGUGCCAAGGUUGGGUUGGCAAGGUGUGGCGGACGGUCGCGAAAUUGAGGGGGCCACGCAGAAGGGGAAUGGACCACUUGUAUAUUGGUGUUCUUCUUGAUGGUGCCAAGGUUGAGUUGGCAAGGUAUGACGGACGGUCGCGAAAUUGAGGAGGCCAGGCAGAAGGUGAAUGGGGCGGUGGCGAAGUGGGUUGUCCCACGGAAGCCAAGUGGUUCGCCACCCUAGGAUUCAGUCAGAGACAAAGUCACCUUCUUCGGCCUGAUGGUGUGCAUCUAUCCAAUGAGGGGAUGAUGUUUUUUCCUGGAGGAUCUGUUCCUAGGGUUGCUGGAGUUAGGGUGAGGUUAUGGUGGCGGUGCGUAGACUCUGGGAAGGAGUCUUUCGCUGUUGGCGGAAAAGAACGGCAGUUGGUGGUUGUAUGGUAAGCUGUAGUGAUUUACAGUUUGAUUUGGUUUAGGUGCACUCACCUCCAUCGACUUAUUGGCCGCUUGACCACCCGUCCGGGAAGGCAGCGGCAGGGCACCCAGGAGCGGUGGGUAGUCACUGUGGGGGUGGAGUUGUCACCUAUUACCGGUUUUUGAUAGUUGUAGUAAAAUUAGGAUGGUUUCGAAUUUUUAGUAUUUUACGGUUAAUUUAGGUUAGUAGAGCCGUUCUUUUUGCUGCCACCAUAUGCCGGCUGUAUCGGCAUCUUAACAAAGUUUUCAUUUACAGGUUUGCUAUGGUUAGGGUCAAAUAAAUAGCUAGCAAUUUUUCUGCCAAAUUCAAGUCUCCGUGUCUUUAUUUAUUGGGUUUAGAGGUAACGAAUGCUUUACUUGGAAUGAACGGGUCCACCAAAUGUCACUAGGAUGUUUAGGAGAGAGAAUUGACAGCAUAGGAAAGGAAUGAGUUAAACAUCUUGUGAGGGGUGGACCUAGCUGGAAGGAAAGUACAGCCCUUUGGGAAAAGGGGAGGGUUAGUAUAUAUAGGGAAGGAUAGACAUUUUGUCUCUCUCUUGUUGGUGAAAUUGCCUUCCCGCCCUCCCGCCCUGUUGGUAAAGGUUUCUGGCACGGAGUGCCUUGGCAUUAAAUUGUUGGCUGGUUUUAUCGUUGGCUAUUUAUUGGCGGAAAAGAACGGCAGUUGGUGGUUGUAUGGUAAGCUGUAGUGAUUUACAGUUUGAUUUGGUUUAGGUGCACUCACCUCCAUCGACUUAUUGGCCGCUUGACCACCCGUCCGGGAAGGCAGCGGCAGGGCACCCAGGAGCGGUGGGUAGUCACUGUGGGGGUGGAGUUGUCACCUAUUACCGGUUUUUGAUAGUUGUAGUAAAAUUAGGAUGGUUUCGAAUUUUUAGUAUUUUACGGUUAAUUUAGGUUAGUAGAGCCGUUCUUUUUGCUGCCACCAUAUGCCGGCUGUAUCGGCAUCUUAACAAAGUUUUCAUUUACAGGUUUGCUAUGGUUAGGGUCAAAUAAAUAGCUAGCAAUUUUUCUGCCAAAUU